AGAGACUAGACCCUUCAAAAGCCCUCCACCACUUUUUCUACUGAAUUUUCCGGCGGUUGGCAGAAACUGGCAUCCCAAAUGUUCCCGCCAAAAACUGUACCAAAUUGUACAGUGUCUGAUGAGGUGAUCGUCGCCGUCAAAGCAGAGAAGGUGAUCUCGAAGAAUGCAUUGGCUUGGGCUCUCACUCACGUGGUUCGUCCCGGCGAUUGCGUUACGCUGCUCGCCGUCUUUUCGAGCCAAAAAGCUGGUCGGAGAUUAUGGAGAUUUCCGAGACUGAGCGGUGAUUGCCGGAACGGAGACCAGGAAAAAUCUCCGGAUCGGAUAGGUCAGAUCUCCGAGUCUUGUUCUCAGAUGGUUCUUCAAUUUCAUAACCAAAUCGAGGCUAGAGUGCGGAUUAAAGUGGUGUCAGGUGCACCUACUGGUGCUGUGGCGUAUGAAGCGAAAAGCAAUGCAGCCAAUUGGGUCGUAUUGGACAAUAAACUGAAGCAAGAGAAGAAGCAUUGCAUGGGGGAACUUCGGUGUAACAUUGUACUGAUGAAGGGUUCUCGACCCAAAGUCCUUAGGCUUAAUUUAGAAUGCUCAAAUGAACUGCAAACCCCCUUCUUUUCUGCUUCUUCUUCACCUCGUCCAGUAGUUGGAAAGUCACCGGAUCACAGGAUGAAGCAUUCAACUCCUGUUAGCAGCCCUGAAGAAACUGGAACAUCCUAUGCAGGAACCACAGAAGAAAAUUUGUUACUCAGUCCUGGCACAGUGACUUCUCUUUUCUUUGUUUAUGAACAAAAUCCACUUUUUGAUGGACUGAACAGCGGGAAGUAUACACCAAUUACUAGACAAAAUGACUUGGAUGCUUCACUUUCAGCAUUUGACAUGGAUGAUGAAGGGGAAACUACUCUCUUAACAACUUCAAAACCAUCUGUUACUAGUAACCAUAAGAGUGUGUUUUGGAUACCCCAAAACCACAUUAUUGAUGAGAAGGACCCAAUAACCAUAAAUCACAGAAACACCCACAAAAAAAAAUCUCCAACUACCAAAAGUCUACUUGAUAAGUUUGUGCAGUUUAAUGAAGAUAAGAUGAUAGGACCUGGGGACCAGAGCCAUGACAGAAACUACAUUUUAAACUCGAGCAUCAGAGAGGCAGUAUCUUUAGGAAGAACUUCCUCCAUACCUCCUCCUUUAUGCUCACUAUGUCAACACAAGGCACCUACUUUCGGAAAGCCCCCUAGACGUUUUGCUUAUGAAGAGCUCGAGGAAGCUACGGGCGGGUUUGCGGAUAUCAAUUUCUUAGCAGAAGGUGGUUUUGGAUUGGUUCACAGAGGAGUCUUGAGGGAUGGUCAGGUGGUUGCAGUGAAGCAACUAAAAUUUUCAGGGAGUCAAGGAGAUGCUGAUUUCUGCGGAGAAGUGCGAGUAUUGAGCUGUGCACAACAUAGGAAUGUCGUGAUGCUCAUUGGGUUUUGUGUUGAGAGCAAGAAAAGAGUAUUAGUUUAUGAGUAUAUAUGCAAUGGCUCCUUGGACUUUCAUUUACAUGGGAACAAGAGAACACCUCUAGAUUGGCAAUCACGCCUAAAAAUAGCUAUUGGUGCAGCAAGAGGUUUACGAUACCUGCAUGAAGAUUGCAGAGUGGGUUGCAUAGUUCAUAGAGAUAUGCGGCCUAGCAACAUCCUCCUAACCCACGAUUAUGAGCCUCUGGUUGGUGAUUUUGGGCUAGCUAGGUUGCAUGCUGAAUGGGAUAGCCGUGAUGAAGAGCGAGUUGUUGGAACUUCAGGGUAUCUUGCACCGGAGUAUUUCCAUGGUGGAAAAAUUACAGAGAAAGUUGAUAUAUAUGCUUUCGGGCUAGUAUUGUUAGAGCUGAUUACAAACCAAAAAACCAGUGACUUGCAAAGUUAUGAGGGACAGCUAUUUUUGACUGAAAAUUUUUCUGCUUUUGCCCCAUUGGAACCAAGAUAUCUCUUAGCAAAUAAUCAUCAAUUGCUGGACCCAGCUGCAGCCUCUGGCCAACUCCACAACUUAUCCCAUGAACUACAGGCAAUAGCUCGAGCUGCCUCCUUGUGUCUACAACAAGAUCCUGAUUGCAGACCCCCUAUGUCAAAGAUCCUCAGACUAUUAGAAGGAGGAGAUGCAGUCAUUCGUCUUGGUUUGGACUUGAACUCGGUUGGCAGUAGAAGUGGACACAUGCGAGGUCUAAGUUCAAAAACACAACUUGAAUCAAGAACGCAUUCUCGCAGGCUCUCUCAUUGAAAAUAGCUCUAAAACUGGUCUGAAAUUCCAGCUGGUCCCUGGAUCUACUUGCCAUUAUCUAUGAAGUCUACAGCAUAUUGCAUUUGUUUUGGAAAUCACCCAUCCAUCUCUUAUCUUCAUUGUCAGAUCAUUCUUUGGGAAUUUUAAGCAUCCAACACAAUUGAAACUUUCUUUUAUGUUCAAUUAGGUUUAUCUUCUAUUCAUGAUCAUUUGUUGCAACUGUAAAAUAGAUCUAGGGGUAUCCUUUCAUUUUCCUUUAGCAAUUUCAUUUUCUAAGAAGGAUGAUCUUUUGUGCUAGAAAGUUUUAAUCAUAUCAUAAAGUUUAUGUUUAUUCUGUA